CCAGUCUGCCUCAGUCGGGUGACGAGGAUCCGGCUUCCUAUAAGAGGCCGCUCAAUGUGGCCCUGUCGUCUCAAUUGUAGUUAUCUGGUCGUAUCGUCAACAACAAAUCCAAGGGUCCCAUCAACAGCAUCCACACCCUGUACACACACUUCCUCCAGUCUCAACCUUCCUGACAGUCUUUGAUCCAUUUCGAUUUCGGAACCAUGGAGUACGGAAAAACCAUUCAGAUCAUCGGAGUCGUUCUUUGUGUCCUUCUCGUCGUAACCGAGAUUUAUUCCUUGCCUGCAUACUCGAGUGAGGAUUAUGAUCAAGGGGUGCGAGAAAUGAUGGAGGAGUUGGAGAGGCAGGGGCUCACGGGUCCCAUGGUCGGUCGAGCGUACCAUCCUAAUCACAAUAUGAUGAGAAAGUCGCAACGAUCCAACAACUUGCGUCUUCGGUUUGGAAAGCGAAGUGUCCCUGACGCAGUCCCAAUAAACACCAUGUUCAAGCCACUCGACGACGCCCAAAAAGCGGAAUGAAGUCCAAGAUCUGUCAAUAUUUGACUGGAGCAUUUUUUGGGCGAAGCAAACCAACCCCAAUGAAUGAAUGGCAAAAUGCUUUCGCAAAGGGCAAAUAAACAUUUGUUUUACAUCAUUUAUCUAAUGAGUAAAUAGAUAUCGUUAUUCUCACAAAUGACAAACUCGUACCUUUAGUAAGUAUUUAUCUCUAAUUAAAGUAUACGUGUGAAAAUAUGGGGUGACACUUUGUUUAUUUGUUUAUUAUUUACUUACUUAUUUCACCUGAUGUAAAUACAUAAUUUAUUCAAUUAGCGAAAUUACUUAUGCAACAAUUUUUCAGCCUUGUAGUGACAGCUUGUGGUGCAAAUAAUUUUAUGAAAACGGCUAGAAAAAAAGUAUAUAUCCACUUAAUCCCAACCAGCCUUAGCCGUUUCAUAAUACAUAUAUAUGCAACUUUUAAAUUUCCUAUGUUCCAUCAUAUACAUAACUAGCAUAUUAUUAGCUAAAGGUGUUUUUGUAUUACAUAAAAAAACCCAGUGUCCUAAGUCUGUACGUUACAGUCAGUUGUAUACUAAAAAUAAAAAUUAUAAUGUAUAUAAAUGUAUGUAAAAAAAAUGCAAAUAAUAUAUUCCACACCUCACCACUGCAUGAUCCAUGACCAUCCAUUUUGUGCAAGUAUUAAUCAAAGUCCUAUUACACGAACUAAAAUUUUGGCAAAAAAAGAUUGAAAACAAUUUCUAUUUAUUUUUAUUCGUCUCAUUUUCCCCCAAAAGUUUUCUCGCAUUUUCUCUAUACUAUUGAUGUUAUACAUAUGUAUGUACACAUAUUAUUGUAUCUUAUAUUUUCGUGAAAGUUUCUCUAUGUAGUAAUAGAAUUUUACGUAAUUACAAAAAAUAAAUCUAAAUGUGCCAUGUACACAAUCAAUGAAA